CUAUAAUGUUCUACGCAUGGCAAACAAGGUCAAGUAAAAAUACCUUUUUUUAUCAGUGUAAACAAUGUUUUUAUGACUCCGCGCAGUGUUACCUAUAAAGUGAAUUAAACGAGUGUUUGAUUAAAUAUUAUAAAAUGAGUGUCAUGUUAAGAAGAAGUGUUCUAUCUGGAUGGAACAAAUGGAUAAACAGCGCAUACUGCUCUUCUGCAUGGAACUUCACUGGAACCAAAUUGUCAAAGAACUAUAGUCAUAAUGUUCGAAAGCUUGCAACUGCUGCUGCUGCGACUUCAGAUUUUGUCAAACCUGACAUGUUUUGUUUCCAGUGCGAGCAGACCAAAAGCCGGAAAGGGUGUGUAACUGUAGGUGUAUGUGGUAAGGCAUCACAAGUGUCUGCACUCCAAGAUCUACUAAUGUAUGCUGUGCAGGGUUUAUCCAUGUAUGCCAACAGAGCUAUUAAAUCAGGCAUUACUAUGUCGAAAGAAUGCGACCUAUUUAUACAGCAAGCUAUGUUUAGCACAAUGACAAACGUAAAUUUUGAUCAGGAUCGCUUUCCGGAAUAUAUCAAAACUGCAAUCAGCCAUCGCGAUGCCAUCAAGAAAGUUAUGGAGGAAAAUACCUCACAACCACUUGACGAAGAACUCAAACAUGGUCCUGCUAGCUGGGUACCAGAAUCAUAUGAUCUGACAUAUUUAGAAGACGAAGGUCUUAAAGUAGGUGUAUUAGAAAAUCAGAGCAUUUAUGGUAAAGACGUGAAUGGUGUUCGUUACAUGACCAUUUAUGGAAUUAAAGGAUUAUCGGCAUACGCUUGUCAUGCUAAUGCUCUUGGGGAACAAGAUCCGGAGGUUUCAACUUCAUUAUACGAGAUAUUGGACUUCUUGACUAGUGGAACGGAAGAAGAGCGCCAUGAUCUGACUACGAAUCUCAAACUUGCUCUGAAAGUUGGAGAAAUAAACCUUCGAGUCAUGGAGCUUUUAGAUAAAGGUCACCGGAAGCAGCUUGGUAUACCGUCUCCAUCAACAGUUAAUAGAGCACCUGUCGCAGGAAAGUGUAUAAUGGUUUCAGGACAUGACCUGAUGGAUCUAUAUUUAAUACUGAAGCAUACUGAAAAUGAAGGAAUAAAUGUCUACACUCACGGAGAGAUGUUACCAGCACACAGCUAUCCUAAAUUGAGAGAGUUCAAGAAUCUGGUUGGUCAGUUUGGUAGUGCAUGGCAGAACCAGAAGAUUGAAUUUGGAAUGUUUCCAGGACCAGUUGUCAUAACAACAAAUUGUGUUACCGAGCCUUUGAAGUCCUACAGAGAUAGAUUGUAUACUUUGAACGAGACAGGAAUCCAUGGAGUUAAACAUAUCAAUUUGGAAAAUAAACAAGACAUGUCACAACUGAUAAACCAUGCCAAAUCACUUCCAGGAUUCGAUGAAAAGACAAUUCAAAAGUUUGAUAAGAACACAUUUACUGUCGGUUUUGGAAGGGAGGUUAUCUUAGAUAAUGCUGAUAAAGUUCUCCAAGCAGUAGCUGAUGGGGAUCUAAAGAGAAUAUUUGUCAUUGGUGGAUGUGACGGUUCUGAGCACAAACGCAACUACUUCAAAACGUUGGCACACUCAUUGCCUCCAGAAACUCUUAUACUUACUAUGGGUUGUGCUAAAUAUAGAAUUAAUGAUAAAGAGUAUGGAACACUGGGAAAUACAGGAAUCCCACGACUUCUUGACCUUGGACAGUGUAAUGACAGCUAUGGUGCAAUAAUGGUGGCAAAGGCACUGGCGUCAGCACUCGAUACUGACAUUAACAGUUUGCCUUUGUCUCUGUCCUUAUCAUGGUUUGAACAGAAAGCAGUAGCAGUUCUUCUUAGUUUAUUGAGUCUUGGCGUCAAGAAUAUUAGAUUAGGCCCAGUAAUGCCGGCUUUUCUGACACCAACUGUCAGACAAGCACUUCAGGAUCAAUAUGGAAUAGUGCCUGUUGAUAUACGACAUCCACUUGCAGACAUGGAAGAUAUGAUGUAACAUUUAAACAAACCAUAAAAAAAUUCAAAUUAUCAACAAGGAUAAUCAAACAUUACAGCUAUGUCGAUAUGCGUAGGGCAGUAUUGUUUUCCUCUUAUAGUUGAUGUGUUUUCCUCGGUCUUGGUUUGUGACCCGAAUUUUUUACAUUAAAUCGAUUGAUGACUAUUGAACAGCGGUAUACUACUGUUGCCUUUAUUUGUUGUAUUAAACUUCACUUUGAAUUAAAUCAGGGACCAUUUAGACCAAAGUCUGUUCCCAUACAAUAGAAAAAUAUUUUGAUAUAGAUAUAGAUGAAUUAUAUAUAUGUUUUGAUGGCAUUAUAUCAUUAAUAGAUUUUGCCAUGCCUUGUAAGUAAAUAUUUUAUAUUAAA